AUGUCCCUUUCGCAAAGCAGUACUGGGUCAAUGAAUGGACCGAAUUAUAAUAUUUUGACCAAAUCCCAAUCCCUCUCCUCCACACCUCGAGCAACGCCGCCGCCGCCCAGAGGUUCACAAAUGUCCUCUUUCAAUAUGUCCAACGGUGCUUCACGAGGAAGCUAUGGAGGAUAUGAUGGGAAAAAUGAUAAUGGGUCUAUGAUGUCGUAUCAGGAGGAGUACACGCCACAGAUUUAUCGCGCCGUUUACUCGAAUGUCCCUGUGUAUGAAGUGGAAGUCAAUGGAGUUGCAGUCAUGAAACGCCGAGCUGAUUCAUGGUUGAAUGCGACUCAGAUCCUGAAAGUUGCCGGUGUCGUCAAGGCUCGCCGAACCAAAACCUUGGAGAAAGAAAUCGCAGCGGGUGAACAUGAGAAAGUCCAGGGUGGUUAUGGAAAGUAUCAAGGAACUUGGGUUAAUUACAAAAGGGGGGUGGAACUGUGCAAGGAGUAUCAUGUAGAGGAGCUGCUGCGACCUCUGCUGGAGUACGAUAUGAGUCCUGAUGGUUCCGGUGGCCCCUCUCAGGGAACACUCGAUACACCAACGAAAGAACAAGCCAUGGCAGCACAGCGCAAACGGUUGUACAAUGGCGCAGAGAACCGCGGCUCAUCACAACCCCAACAGGGAACAUUCUUUCAAAAUAUAUCACGCACUGCCGCCACAGCUGUGAAUGCUAUCAGCAAAGCUCGUUUUGAUUCCCCUGGUGCCAACAGCCGACGCCCCAGUGUGAUUCGCAAGCCAUCACAACAGAUGAGCAGUCAGGAAUCUCAGAUGGCCUUUAGCAGCCAGCAGAGCAUGUACGGCAUGUCUGACAGCGGAUUUAGUAGCUUGCAAAAUCGUUACCUGGCGCAAGAUGAUACUGACGAUUUUGCUGAACCUCCCCGCAAACGGCUUCGCUCAACCUCACACCACGGUCCGUCAUUUGGAUUGCAUCGAGAGCCAUCUAAUUUAUCUAUGCAUGAACCUACUCCCACCGAACCCAACGACUCUUUCUAUCAAGACAUUGAUCUCCCACCCCCGCCUAUGGAAGAUGGUCAGAAACGUGGUGUUGAAGCUCUGGGUCCGGCCACUACACCAGAGAAGUUCCAAAAAAUGAAGUUGCUGAUGACUCUGUUUCUCGACAAACGGGCGAAGGAUUUCACCAACCAUCCAGCUCUCACGCAGUUGUCUGGUGAAGACCUUGAGAUUCCGCUUGACGAAUACCGAAACACUGCUCUUCACUGGGCUGCCAUGCUUGCACGCAUACCCCUUGUCCACGCCCUAGUGGCUAGAGGAGUGAACAUCGGCCGUGUCAAUUAUGUCGGGGAAACUGCCCUGCAGAAGUCGGUGGGAACACGAAACAACCUUGAUUAUCGAAGCUUUCCUCGUCUUCUCCAAGUGCUUGCCCCUACCAUUGACAUGGUGGAUUAUACGGGCCGAACAAUCUUACACCAUAUUGCCGUUAUGGCUGCAACAGGUGGCGGGGGACAUGUCUCCGCGAAGCAUUAUUUGGAAUCGCUCUUGGAAUUCAUUGUUCGGCACGGAGGGAUAUCUUCCACAAAUGGCGAUAGUAUGCAGAACGGAUCACAAGGGACUAAUGUUAUUUCCCUGGGUCGAUUCAUUUCAGAGAUUGUCAAUCUACGUGAUGACCAGGGCGAUACCGCCUUGAACCUUGCUGGACGUGCACGCUCCGUUCUGGUACCACAGCUUUUGGAGGUCGGCGCCGAUCCUCAUAUUCCAAAUCACACUGGUCUUAGACCAGCGGAUUACGGAGUGGGUGUUGAUAUGGUUGAUGGUCAUGCACAGUCACAGCAAGCCGGAGGUCGAGGUGAUACCUUUAUUGACCAGCUGGCGAAAUCUAAGAAGGAAAUUGUGGAUGCGACAAUUAGUCAAAUCAGCACAAUGGUCGAAGACGCUCUGGGUGGCAUUGACCGCGAAUUAGCCUCAGGCUUGACUCAAAAGCAAGAAAAGUUUGACCACUGGCAUGGGAAGAUCCGUGAGUCAGCCAAGGCUCGUCAGAUCGAACAGAAGGAGCUAGAUGAAUUGAAACGGAAGGGCACUGAGCGGGUCGAACUUGAACGACGCAUCAAGAACCUGCAUCGGUCCUCCGAUGUCUUGCUUGCUACAUUGAAGGAAACGGAGGGCAACGAUCUACCCACAAUCACCAUUGUUGGUGAUGCUGACAAAGAUUCGGGCGUGGAUGUCGAAGCAUUUGAUGCUUUAUUCACAGAGACAUUCGAUCCAUCGUCUGGAUUCUCCGAGCAGCAACUGGCCUUCCUGGCUGCAUUGCCUGCACCAGAUGUUUUGAAGCGCCGACUUGAUCUCUACCAGGAGUUUCUUGCUGAAGUAACAGAUGAGGUUGAAAAUCUCAAAGCCAAGAAUGCGAUUCUCGGUCAAAAUUAUCGACGCAUGGUGAUGGCAUGCACAAGCUGGACUGCUGAGCAAGUGGACGACGCAGCAGAUGGAUUGACUCAAUGUGUCAAGGAACUGAAUGAUAACCCUGUCCCUGAGGAUGAGGCUAUUGAGAUUCUAAUGCGGGAUCGCGGCCAGGACUGGUAG